AUGUCGUCUGAGGAAGAGAUUGCUGGUCCUCAUCUGGAGCAUUACUUUAGGUAUUAUAGGGAAGUAAGUAAACAGAAGAAGCUUUUGACGUUUUUUUUAUUAUUAUACUUCUCUCCGCUACGAAUUAUUUUAAUUAAUCGUAUUUUUAGUUGAAUCCGAACAACCUACUUGAAGUAGAUGCUCAACCGGCGGCUCACUUUCUCCGUUCUUCAGGCAUUGACGUCACCUUAUUGAGUAGAGUAAGUUUUGCGAUACUUUUGUUUUGUUUUUAGGUAACAAACACGGAUACGUGUUCUGUGACGUUGUUUUUGGAAGUUUUGACUAUAUACUUGUAGUUUAUUAUUUCUGCUUUGUGUAUGUAUAGUCAUUAAAAUGUAAUUUUUUAGUGCUUAAUAAGUUUAAUUCACUACAUAAGUCAAAGAAGAAUCAAUUUUAAACAUGCCAUUUUUAGGUAUGGGACCUAGCGGACUAUCGCCAUGUUGGUCGACUUGAUAGAAAAGGCAUCUUUAUUGCCUUCAAGUUGAUAGCGGCAGUUCAGAAUGGUCAUCCGCCACUUCCAGCUGCCUUAAAUGCCACUUUGCCACCUCCAUCGUUCCCAACUGUUUCUGGUCGCGCUUCUGCUCAAUCAGAGCCUAUGGAAUGGGAGCUACCUGAAAGUGAACAACAGAAAUACGCAGCCAUCUUCCAGAGUUUGAAUCCUCAAAAUGGGAGGUUGUCUGGUGAUCAGGUACGUUUUAAAUUUUGAAUAUAUAAAUUUUAGGUAACGAAAAUUGAAAGUUUAAUGUGUUUAAUGCUUUGAAAAUGAAUAACUGUUUAGUAAUGACGUGUUUUACUAUUUUUAUAAUGUAAAUAUUUUCUUAAAAUGAUAAAUAUUAACUUUUUUAUUUGAUAAAUUUUGAUUUUGUCUACCUUUUACUUUACAUUUUAGGUAAAACCUUUGUUAUUAAACUCGAAGCUACCUACAUUCAAACUUGGACGUAUUUGGGAGCUUUCUGAUAUUGAUCAUGAUGGAUACCUAGAUCGAUAUGAGUUCUAUGUUGCUCUGCAUCUUGUUUAUAAAGCGCUGCAGAAUGAAACCUUGCCAGAACGAUUGCCAAUUGGUCUUGUUCAUCCAACAAAACGACAUCUUGUAGUUGGAUCUAGGAGACAAUCUUUCGCUGCUUCUCCGCUUCCAAAGCCUUGUAAGUUUACUUUACUUUUUAUGGGUUAUAGUAUUCAUUGUUUUACUUUAUGAGCCAGAAUAGUUGUUUUUUUACUACAAAUUAUAUUUUUAAUUGUUUUUGGGUGUUUCUUUUAUAUCUUGAAAAGUUUCAUAAAGUUUGGAGAGAUUUUAUGAGGUUUUUGAACUGUUAUACUUUCUAUGGUGUUUGUGAUUCUUUAGUAAAGAUAAAUUAACUUUCUAUGACUAAUAUGGGAUGUUUCAGCGUUUAGUCACGGGUCGCGAACUCCAAGCAUAAGUUCGUUAAAUCGAAGCAUAUUGGAUUCGAUGACGGAUAAUGUAACGCCAGGGACACCAAUCAAGUCUGUCUUGGAUCAAAACGUAAGUUUGUGUUGUGAUUCUUUUUUCAGUACUUUCUUUGUUUUGAUAGUUGAAAGUAUGUAUGGUAGCCGAAAGGUUUUGAAUUUCGAUGUGUUUAAGGUGUAUAUUUUUAGAAUGUUGACACAAUAUCACUACAAGCCUCAGAGGCUGACUUUCAACGGUUUGACACUGAUAUGGAUGGAUUUGUUGAUGGAGCUGACGUCCGCGAACCUCUUAUGCAAUCGGGUCUACCACAACAUGUCUUGGCUAAGAUUUGGGGAUUGGUCGAUUAUCAACAUACCGGUCGACUUAAUCAUGGACAAUUCACUUUAUUGUAAGUUUUUUAACAAUUUUUUUACUUGCUUCAAUAUAAUUUUUGAAAGUUUUUUUGUUAAAAGUAGACUUAAAUAAUGUAUUUUAGGACAACUUUGGUAAACGAAUGUCGGCACGGUAUCCCGAUGCCUGACAUGUUGCCGUCUCAUUUAUUACAAUGGAUUCAAACUGCAAAUCAAUCAGUAAGUUUUGUUUUCUAUAGAUUUUUUAUUUUUAGGAUUUGCUUUUGUGAAAUUAUUAAAAGGUCAAAAUAGGAAGAAAUAUUUUAAAAAUGAAGUUUGCUAAUAAAUUUUAAAAAAUCUUGUUUACUUAUUUUUAUUUUUAGAAGAUUCUGAUUCCCAGCUCACCAAGAAUUGACGAAUUGAAUGAAGAAAUUGAGAAAUCGCAAGAAGAACGUCGAAAAGCUGACAAAGAUCUUGCCCAACUCGAUGCAGAUACUUUAGUCAAAUCAGCGGAAAUCAAAAACUCUGAAAUCGAAUAUCAAACUUUGACAGCGACAGUAAAACAACUGAAACACCAGAAAGGAGAAGCCUCGAAACGAUUGGCAGACCUGGAUGAAAGAAUUGUAAGGUUGGAGAACAACUGCGACGAGACGGCUGACAGACUAAAAAAAGAAGAAGAACGACUGAAUCAAACCAAAAAUGACAUUCAAUCAGCACAGGAAGGCGAGAACUUGGAGAAAGUGCUUCUGGAUCAGUUGAGAGCUGAAAUGUCACAAUUCGAAGCAGAGUUCAGUAAAUUACAGUUCGAAGUGAACGGAAAGCGACGAGAAAUCGAGAAAACGGUCGAUGAAUUGUCGUUGAUGGAGAGGAAGAUCGACACGAACAAGAGUGAUGUAGAACAGCUUGAGAAGAUGGUGGAGGAGAUUAAGGUGCAGUUGGAAGAAGCCGAGAAGGUGGAAGAACCGACUGGAGAUGAAGCUGUGCUUUUUAAACAGUUUGAACAGUUUUCUUUGGUAAGAUUUUAAACUAUAAGUAAUCUUUUUUAUGGACAAUGACAUUCAUGUUAUAUUUUUUCGAAAAAGUUCUUGAUAAGUGAAAAAAAAUUUUAAAAUAAGGCUUUUGGAAGUGGAUUUUUUUGAUAUUUGUUACCUAAAAAAAGAUGAGUAGGAGAGUGUAACAAGUUUUUAAUGAUUGUUUCAGAAUGGCACGAGUAGCAAAAUACCACAAAGCAACUCUUUUGAAGCCAAUGCUUUCCAAUCAAGGCCAAUCUACGAAGCGCCUCCUGUUGAUCCAUUUAAAGGUACUUUUUUGAAAUUAUCUCUCAAUCUUUCUGAAAAUCAUCGCUGAAUGAUCAUGACUUAAUGUUUUUUUGUAAAAAUGUAAAUAGGGGUUUGAACUUUUGAACUAAUGUUAUUUAGAAAGUUUCAAAUUUAAAUUUCUUUGUAGUUUUACUAAUGUUUGACCUGUUCCAGACGAUCCAUUCGACGACAACGCAGCCAAAUCAGCCUUUGGGGAGUCGGAUCCAUUCUCGAAUCAGUCUCAAUCGACUGGUGAUCCAUUUGGAUCCGAUCCCUUUGCCAAUGCUACCCAAUCGAAUGGUCAAACGUCAGGACAGUCUAAUGGAUUCGCUAAUUUCGCCAAUUUUGCUCAAUUUGCAAAUUAA